GAAGUGGAGCGGAAACGCAGAAUACACCCUUCCUCUUGCACCAUCAGGCCUUUAGGGGAACCAGUUAAAGGCGGCUGUCACUUGUUGUGUAUCUGGAGGGGAGGCCUUUUUCCCUGGCUGCUCAGUGAGAUUGGAAGCGGCAUGCAUGUGAAAGAUAAGCUAUCAAAAUGCUUCAAGGACCUUGUUUUAACAACUCCACCUAGACAUAUCCUGCUCAGUUUGAAAACAAGCAACUCAGGCUUAAAUGCAAGGUGGGCAGGAUGGGGGAGCGGACCGUUGGCGGCCCUGUGGCUGCGAUCUCUCCAGUGCAGCAGAUGUUGGCCUCUGGCACUGGAGCCCUCCUCACAUCUCUCUUUGUCACUCCACUGGAUGUUGUGAAGAUAAGGCUGCAGGCUCAGCAAACACCUUUCCGCCAAGCCUUAGGCUGUAAAUCUGCUCCAUGGGUCGGCGUCAGUCGCUCUUCCAAAUGGAAGUGCUUUCUUUAUUGCAAUGGGCUGAUGGACCACCUCUAUGUGUGUCGGAAUGGAACCAGUUGCACCAACUGGUAUGGAAAGCCAACACAUUUCAGUGGCACUCUGGAUGCUUUUGUGAAAAUCAGCCGCCAUGAAGGGCUCCGGUCGCUGUGGAGUGGGCUCCCACCGACACUGGUCAUGGCAGUUCCAGCCACAGUCAUCUACUUCACCUGCUACGACCAGCUGAGGGAUUUCCUGAGGUUUGGUCUGGGCCUUCAGGGCAGCUACGUCCCUCUUCUUGCUGGAGGUCUUGCCAGAUUGGGAGCUGUGACAGUGAUCAGCCCACUGGAGCUGGUCAGGACCAAAAUGCAGUCCAGGAAGCUGACCUACAGCGAGCUGCGGGUGUGCAUCCGCUCGGCUGUGGCUCAGGACGGCCUGCUGUCUCUGUGGAGGGGCUGGGGACCCACCGUUCUUAGAGAUGUACCUUUUUCUGCUUUGUACUGGUUCAACUACGAACUGGUGAAGGCCCAGCUGUGUGACCAGUACCGAACGCCACAGGCCAACUUUUCCAUCAGCUUUACUGCAGGAGCCAUUUCUGGAGCUAUCGCUGCCAUCCUGACGCUGCCGUUUGAUGUUGUGAAAACUCGAAGGCAGAUCCAGCUUGGAGAACUGGACUCCUUGGGAGCUUCCAAAAGGGUAACCACUUCCACCUGGCACAUAAUGAAGGAAAUCUGGUCUGAGUUGGGUUACAGAGGUCUCUUUGCAGGUUUUAUGCCCAGAGUGAUCAAAGUCGCUCCAGCUUGUGCGGUAAUGAUCAGCAGCUAUGAGUUUGGGAAGGCCUUCUUCCAAAAGGUCAACCUUGAUCAGCAGCGACUGGUGGCGUGAACUUGGUCAGCAGGCUGGCCUGGAUCCAUUUUUCUUAGAACAUUUAACAUGAGGUUCAUUGUUUGUGGAAGGGUCUCUCACUUUGCAGACUGCUUCUUCUGGAAAAACAAAAGACAUGCCUGUAACCUUCACAUCCUACUGAGCCUCCAUCCC